GGUCCACACCAGAAGUAAGAAAGUCAAAUUUCACCAAGGGGACAGAAAAGACAAGGACAUAUGAUUCGGUUGUUCUGAGUGUUCCUGUCACGCUUCAGAGUAAAUAAGUGUUAUUCGACUUUUAAACAUUGUGAACGUUUCUCGUUAAUAGGCCUAUGGUUUUGUUGUAAAAAGUAAAAAAGAAAAGGAGGUUAAUUGGACUUGUUGGCUCCUUUCUCCGGCAUUUCUACGUGCUUUGCCAGCGCAGCUGUUUGCGCACCUGGGUCCGCUGCUCAGUUUGUGCAGCGUCAACAUGCCUUUAAUGGAUCGGAGCAACUAAACUAUCAUGGUGACAUUACUUACGGGUAACAUGCCUGCUGUGGAGAACCUGGCUAAAUGCGCAAUCUUUCACUGUGGAAUUACCACCGGAGUCCAGGUGACAUCAGGGAGAGCUGCUUGCCGUUUGGAAGAGCGCAUCAGUUUGAUGUCGGCAAGGAUUUGACAGAGCGCUGGAGUUUGGGAUGCAAGAGAAACCUUAAAGUGACAAUCCUCGGCUACUUUUAUCUGGAUUCAACACAGGCUAGCCGGAGCCAUGGCAUCCGAGGUGGUGUGCGGUCUGAUCUUCAGGUUACUGCUUCCAGUGUGUCUUGCAGCUGCUUGCCUGUUCAGGUACAAUGUCCUGUCCUUCGUCUACCUCAUCUACCUCCUGCUUAUUCCACUCUUCGCAGAGCCCACAAGCACAACAAUGCAAGGCCACACAGGGCGUCUGCUGCAGUCUCUAUGCUUCACCAGUAUGUCCUUCCUGCUGCUCCACAUCAUCUAUCAGAUUACCGUCAACAGCCUCCUGGCCGGGAACUCCAUCACUUCUGAUUUCAACUGUUCCGCGUGGGAGAAAUCCAUAAGACAAAUUGGCUUUGAGAGUGUGAUCGGUGCAGAUGCAGGGAACGGCAUCAGAGUGUUCAUCCCUGACAUUGGCAUGUUCGUAGCUGGCUUGGCCAUCUGGCUGCUGUGUCGCAGUUUGGUCCAGAAGAGGCCGCCUGAGGACAUGGCCCAGUACAACGACGACUUUGAAACAGAGGAACAAGAAGAAGAGGAGAAGCUGAGUCUGGAUGACAACAUCCUGCUAGAGGAGGACUUUGAACGGGGGUACGAGGCUGAGGAGGAUGAAGAGGAGGAGGAGCUGGACGAGGAGGAAGAAGAGGAAGAAGAGGAGGAGGAGGAAGAAAGAGAAAGCACCAAGAUGAAGAUCCUGCGGCUUGUGGCAGAGGUUGCGUCCAAAGUGAAGGAGAUUAUUGGGAACUUGAUUACCACUGCGGGGAAGGUGGUGGUCACCAUCUUGUUGGGCAUGACAGGUAUAAUAUUGCCUUCGUUGACCUCGGCUGUCUACUUCUUCAUCUUCCUGUUCCUGUGCACCUGGUGGUCCCUUUGCCGGACCUUCGACACACUAAUCUUCAGCUGUAUGUGUGUCCUGAUGGCCAUCUUUAGCGCUGGGCACCUUAUUGUCCUCUACCUCUACCAGUUCCAGUUCUUCCAGGAGUCCAUCCCAUCAGAUGAUAACUACAUCAGGAUAUUUGGCUGUCCCCCUUGUUCAGAGAAUUUGCUCUCCCCCGGGGAAUUUUCUUUGGGCACCCGGGCAAAGGGGGACCAUUUUGUCUUGAGAGUAUCAUCUCUGUUGCACAAAAGUGGACUGAGUUCAAAGUCCAGUGGGGAAGAUAUGUUUCAUUCAAACUGUCUAUCUAUGUUUUUUCAGGACGACAAGGACGGCGAUAUGUGUGAGGAGGAAGAUCUGGAUGGAAACACAACAAAUAACUCAGCCAACAGGAAGAGGCAGCUGUGGUGGGAAUCACGCCAGGGCACAGAUGAGAAAAAUCUCCUCUCCACCCAGGAUGGCUUCAGUACAACUGAGGCUAUACCGACCUCAAACGGGACGUCUUUUGACUUUGUUGCAACUGAGAAUGGACCAGUCUGCCUGGACUUGUACUCCACCCCUCAGUAUAAAAUGGACCAGCCUAGUGAAGGUACAGAGAAGAAGGAAGAGUGUGUGUAUGAAGUUUGUUUGCCCCUGGAGGAUUCGGCUUUGGAGGCAGGCGAGGAGAAGUCUGAGGGAGGAGAGGAUGGGAUGAAGAAAAGAGGAGUCAGUGCAAUGGUCAAAAUCUUUCACUUCAUCAUGAAACAGAGCUACAUCUGUGCUCUAAUAGCCAUGAUGGCAUGGAGCAUCACAUACGUCAGCUGGCUGACAUUUGUUUUCCUCAUCUGGUCUUGCAUGCUGUGGAUGGUGAGGGACCGGAGGCGUUACGCCAUGCUGUCCUCUCCUUUCAUGGUGGCCUACGGCAACCUGCUGAUAGUUCUGCAGUACAUAUUCACUUUUGAGAGCAUGACAGGAGACCCAGAGUUUUUUCCCGUGAAGACAAACCCUUUCCACUCGCUUUCAUCCAAGGUUCUGUGUCUGCUGAGCUUCUGGCUGCUGCUGAGACAAACACUUACAGAGAGACAGGAAAAACAAAAAGAAAACAGUGCUGGUCUCUCUGAUGUUCAUGUGGAGGAUCAGAAGAAGAAGGAGGAAGAGGACUCUGAGGAUGGAGGGGAGCAGGACAUCAUGCAGGUUCUGGGCAACAUGGUCAUAGCUCUGCUAGUCAAAUACUGGAUCUACAUCUGUGGUGGCAUGUUCUUCAUCGUCAGCUUCGAGGGAACCAUUGUCAUGUACAAGAUCAUCUACAUGAUGAUGUUCCUCUCCUGUGUGGCGCUCUACCAGGUCCACUAUGAGUGGUGGCGAAGGUUCCUGAAGUACUUCUGGAUGUCUGUCGUGAUAUACACCAUGCUGGUCCUCAUACUGGUCUACACCUUCCAGUUUACUCGCUGGUCUAAUUUCUGGUCAAAGAAGUUAGGAAUGGAUGAAAAGGGCUUGGAGGACCUGGGCCUGAAUAAGUUUGAAGUCUCCGUGCUGUUCACCAGGAUUUUCAUUCCCACUUCCUUCUUGCUGGUGUGUAUACUCCAUCUGCACUAUUUCCACGACCGCUUCCUCCAGCUCACCGACCUCCAGGCUGUAGUGGCCAAAGAGGAGAGCACUAUCUACAGACUGGUGCACCAGGAUGGCAGCCUAGCAGACCUCACCAUACUCAGUGCCAGCUCGGUGGAGGCAACGCUGUCCAGAGAGGAACAGGAGCCACAGGGAGAGUGGGAGACGGAGAAGGAGAAGGAGCAGGACCUGGUGGUGGUGAUGUAUGACACUGACAUGACUGGUGAGAAGCCCAGGAGCUUUUCCGACCCGCGGCAGUCCAGCACAGAGGAGAGCCACCACUGCAGUGCGAGGACAGAGCCAGAGCCAAGCACCGAGCAGAGCUCAGAUCUGAAGAAUAAAUGGCACCUGGUGGUUGACCGUCUGACUGUGCUCUUCCUCAAGUUCCUGGAGUAUUUUCAUAAACUACAGCUGUUCAUCUGGUGGUUACUGGAGAUCCACAUCAUCAAGAUUGUGUCCUGCUACAUUGUUAUGGUCUCUGUCAAAGAGGUGUCUUUGUUCAACUAUGUGUUCCUGGCAUCCUGGGCCUUUGCGCUGCCCUACAGCCAGUAUCGUCCCCUUGCUUCCAGUGUUUGUGCUGUCUGGAUGUGUGUAGUUAUCGUAUGCAAAAUGUUAUACCAGCUGAAGUCUAUAGACCCCACUACCUACUCCAAGAAAUGCAAUAUGACAGGAAACUACUCAGAGGGGCAGAGGACUGAGCUGGGCAAGUCUCUGCUGUAUAAUGAUUCAGUGGAUCCAGCCAUUUGGGUUGGCCUGAACAAGUCUCCUGACCUGCUGGGCUACCUCAGGAACAACCUGUUGAUAAUGGCUCUGUUAGCAUUUGAGGUGACCAUCUACCGUCAUCAGGAAUACUUUAGACUGAGAAACAAACUGUCGCCUCCGGCUGCCAGGAUUAUCUUCCAUGAUAUCACACGGCAGCAUCUAGACAUUGGCAUCAUCAGCUUCAUCAAAUACUUCAUCAACUACUUCUUCUACAAGUUUGGACUUGAGACUUGCCUGCUGUUGGGGGUCAAUGUUAUCGGGCAGCGCAUGGACUUCUACGCCAUGCUUCACGCCUUUGCCCUAAUUGCAGUCAUGUAUAGACGCAGGAGGAAAGCCAUCGCUGAGAUCUGGCCCAAGUACUGCUUCUUCCUGGCCUGCAUGCUGACUUUCCAGUACUUUGUCUGCAUCGGGAUCCCACCUGCAGCCUGUAAAGACUAUCCCUGGAGGUCUCCCACCUCUACUACAGACUCCAAUGUGAUCAAGUGGCUCUAUGUUCCAGAUUUCCUGACUCAACCCAACUCAUUUUUCCUCAUUUAUGACUUCAUGUUGCUGCUUUGUGCCUCUCUCCAGAGGCAGGUCUUUGAUGAUGAGAACAAGGCAGCAGUCCGCCUCAUGGCUGGUGACAACGUGGAGAUCUGCCGAGACCUUGACGCAGCCUCUUUCAGUGUCCACAACCCCGUCCCCGACUUUAUCCACUGCAGGUCCUACCUGGACAUGCUAAAGGUCAUCAUGUUUAGCUAUCUGUUCUGGUUUGUCCUCACCAUCAUCUUCAUCACGGGGACUACGCGCAUCAGUGUCUUCUGUAUGGGCUACUUGGUAGCCUGCUUCUACUUCCUGCUCUUUGGUGGUGAGCUGUUGCUCAAACCAAUCAAAAAGAUCCUUCACUACUGGGACUUCCUGAUUGCCUACAACAUCUUUGUUAUCACCAUGAAGAAUGUUUUGUCUAUCCUGGCUUGUGGCUACAUUAACUCUCUGAUUGAGAACCAGUGCUGGUUGAUCCAGUUGUUCAGUCUGGCCUGCACCAUCAAGGAAUACAACAUCAACGUCAGUAAAGCAAACGCGAAGCUGUGUGAGCUGCCCAGCAACGAGGCUGGGAUUAUCUGGGAUAGUAUCUGCUUUGCCUUCCUGUUGCUGCAGAGACGAGUCUUCAUGAGUUACUACUUCCUCCAUGUGGUGGCAGAUAUCAGAGCAUCUCAGAUUCUCGCGUGCAGAGGGGCGGAGCUUUUCCAAGCCACAAUAGUGAAGGCGGUGAGAGCCAGAUUGGAGGAGGAGCGCAAAUCUGUGGAGCAGCUGAAGAGACAGAUGGAGCGCAUUAAAGUGAGGCAGCAAAAGUUUAAGAGGGGCAAGGAAAAGAUGCUAAGCAUGGCACAGGAGUCUGGAGAUGGACAGACCCUCUUCCAGCCCGAGGAGGAGGAUGAUGAUGAUGGAGCACAGCGAACGAAAGCCAAGACCAAAAAAAAGCAGUGGUGGAGGCCGUGGGUUGACCAUGCUUCCAUGGUUAGAAGUGGAGACUAUUACUUGUUUGAAACAGACAGUGAGGAGGAAGAAGAGGAGGAGGAGAAAAAAGAUGAGGAACAGCCAAAGAAGUCAGCUUUUCAGCGAGCUAUUGGGAAGUUUGUCUCUGCUCUUCUGGCUUUGCCCAAGUCUAUCAUUAAGCUGCCUAAAACUAUACUGCAGUGUGUAGUCAAGGCAGGCAAGUUUCUAUAUCACGCAUGGAUCACAGACCCUAAAGCUGCCCUAAGGGCAAGAGGCAAAGAGAAACGCAAAUUUUGGAAAAAAUACACCAAAGGAGUUAGACACAGAAAAAGCAAGAAAGAUGGUCAUUUGACCAUAGAGGUUGGUGAGCUCUCAGAUGGGCAAGAAAAAGAAGGGGAGGAUGAGAAGUCUGGUGGUCCAGACAACAUCAUCAAGCGGGUGUUCAACAUCAUAAAGUUCACCUGGGUGCUCUUCCAGACGACAGUGGACAGCUUCACCAAGUGGAUGAAUGACAUGUGCCGAGAGUAUAUUGACAUCUCCACUGUGCUGCGUAUAGAGCGCUGCAUGCUCACCAGAGAGGUCAAAAAGGGCAAUGUGCCGUCUAAAGAGAGCAUCCAUGUCUACUACCAGAAGGCCAUGAGGCUUAACAUGUCUAGACAGGCUAGUUUGGAUCAACUAAGUGAGGACGAGUCAGCCUCGGGCUCCAACAGGGUUCGGAGAAGGCGAAGAGGCUACCCCAUGGAGAGCCAGGACUCCACAGCAUCCAGAGACAGCAUAUCCAGUGCCUUCACUGAGGCUACUACACUGUUUUCCCGUCAAUCCACCCUGGAAGACCUGGAUGGAAUGCCAGAGUGCAUUCCAAAAACCAGCGAGCGUGCCAGGCCCAAACUGCGUAAGAUGUACGGCUUGGACGUGUCCAAUUCAUCAGUGGACAGCUGUAGCAGCUUCAUGUCCAGUGAAGCAACCCAGUGCGUCACACUCUACUCCAGACAGGGCACCACAGACACCAUAGAAGAAGUGGAUGAUGAGCAUGAUCAAGGGGAAGACAGGCAACAGCGGGUUCCCUUGCAAUCCCAACAGCUAAACGAGAGUGAGGGCGGUGCCUGGAGUGAUGGAGAACCCAGGGUGAAAGAGGAAAAGGAGGAGGAGGGUGAUGACCCGGCAGGACUAGAGGUUGAGAAAGUAGUAGAGGUACCCAAGGACCAGGUGGGAGUAGAGGGAGAAGAAGCUCCCUGGGAGUCUUUUGGUCCAGACGAGGGCCACUCUCUCAGACUGGAGGAGGCAGAGUCUGCUCCUUCUGCCCACAAAAAGGACUUUACCAUUGAGAGUGAGGAUGGGGGAGGACAGCAGGACUUCAUGCAAACAGAGGGGCGAGAAGGGCUGCUCUACACCCCUGAUACAGAUGCUUCUAAAACGUCUGACGCUGAUGUGCCACCCAGCUACAGCAAGGCCGUCAGCUUUGACCGUCUGGAACUCAGUGAUGACGAAAGUGACAUGGAUAGGAGGAGGUGUAUGGUUAUGACCUCUGACAGCCACUCAGACAGCAGGUCAGACAUCAUGUUGCCCUCUAUGACCACUGAGCUGACCGCCAGCGAACUGCUGCUAAACAAGAUGUUUUAUGAUGAGGAGCUAGAACAGUCAGAUAGAUUCUACCAAAAGCAGCCUCUGAUCCUCCAGCUCUGCUACGCUCUCUACAAUAUGCUGGUGGCCCACUCAGAGAUGGUGUGUUACCUAGUCAUCAUCAUCAACCACAUGGUAUCGGCAUCCUGCGCCACACUGGUCCUUCCCACCACCAUCUUCCUCUGGGCCAUGCUGUCAGUCCCCAGGCCCAGCAAGCGCUACUGGAUGACUGCCAUCGUCUAUACUGAGGUUACCAUCGUUGUCAAGUACUUCUUCCAGUUUGGCUUCUUCCCCUUCAACCAGAACUUAAUAGAUAAGAAUAAACCAUAUCACCCGCCCAACAUCAUUGGUGUGGAGAAGAAGGAUGGUUACGUCCACUACGACCUGGUCCAGUUACUGGCUCUCUUCUUCCACAGAUCCAUUCUCAAGUGCCAUGGUCUAUGGGAUGAGGAGGACCCCAAAGAAAGGAGAGAGCCCUCUCGUCUAAGUGAGUCAGAGGACGAGGGAAAAGACAAGGAGAGUGAGAAGGGGUCCGAACAUGCCUCCUCGCUGAUCAAUGAUGAGAGGGGCUCCACUCGCACCUUGAGAUCCAUAAACUUUGGGACUUCCAUCGAUUCAGGACAUGUCCAGGUACACUACCCGCAGCAGCAGACCCACCAGCGUCGCAAGAGCUCCAGCGGCGGAGGCUCGCACAUUUCUCACCGAUCUCUCCACUCUUCUGCAAGGUCUAAGAGAGGAAGUACUACUUCCCACAACAGCAGCCACAAGGACGGCAGCCAGGCCAGCGUCCAUCAGAAGACCCGCAAACAGAUGAUCAUGGAGAAGUUGAGGGAGCAACUCCUCAAAGGAAAAGCUUUCAUCAUAAAGCGGUUCCUGGAGAUCUACCUUCCUAUGAGGCAGUUCUUCUAUAACUUGAUCCACCCAGAAUACAGCGCGGUCACUGAUGUCUAUGUGCUGAUGUUCCUUGCUGAUACUGUUGACUUCAUCAUCAUUGUGUUUGGAUUCUGGGCAUUUGGUAAACACUCGGCUGCAGACAUUACAUCGUCCCUGUCAGAGGAUCAAGUGCCGGGACCUUUCCUGGUCAUGGUCCUGAUCCAGUUUGGGACCAUGGUGGUGGACCGGGCGCUCUACCUCAGAAAGUCUGUCAUGGGCAAGGUGAUCUUCCAGGUCAUCCUAGUCUUUGGCAUCCACUUUUGGAUGUUCUUUAUCCUGCCAGGAGUCACAGAUAAGCGUUUUAGCGAGAACACGGUUGCUCAGAUGUGGUAUUUUGUCAAGUGCGUCUACUUUGGGUUGUCAGCCUAUCAGAUCCGCUGUGGUUAUCCCACCCGUGUUUUGGGAAACUUCCUCACCAAGAGCUACAAUUAUGUCAACCUCUUCCUGUUUCAAGGUUUCCGUCUGGUGCCAUUCCUGACGGAGCUGCGAGCCGUGAUGGAUUGGGUUUGGACUGACACCUCGCUGUCUCUGUCCAGCUGGAUCUGUGUGGAGGACAUCUACGCUCACAUCUUUAUCCUGAAAUGCUGGAGAGAGUCUGAAAAGAGGUAUCCCCAGCCGCGAGGCCAGAAGAAGAAGAAGGUGGUGAAGUACGGCAUGGGAGGGAUGAUUGUAGCACUGCUGAUCUGUAUUGUCUGGUUCCCGCUUCUCUUCAUGUCCCUCGUUAAGUCUGUUGCUGGAGUCAUCAACACACCGCUGGAUGUGUCUUUUGAAAUCACCUUGGCUGGAUUUCAGCCCAUCUUCACCAUGAGUGCUCAGCAAAAACAACUGCAGGAUGUGAAACCAGAUGAAUAUGAAAAGUUUAUGAAGAGAUAUAUGAAAAAGGAUGACGCCUUGCAGUGGCUGGAAGGCUACAUGCCAGAGGACCUGAUCAUUGCAGAGCUGAAAGGCAGCUCCAACUCUCUGUGGACCAUCAGUCCACCAAGCAGAAAGAACCUCAUAAAUAUGUUGGAUAGCGAGGACGAUUUCCCCAUCACUGUGUCCUGGUCUGUGCAAAGAAACCUUACUUUUGGCGCCAAGGCUGAAAUAGCAUCAGGAAAACUGGGGACAGUUCUUGACUCAGAGACAAAGAAGGAGCUCAUUGCACUCCUAAAUGGGACGACAAGCAACUCACACGUGAUCCUAAAAGAAAUCUUCCCUCGUUUUAUUCGAGCGCCCAGUGACUCAGAUGCCAAGCCUGUUUAUCAUCUUUUAGAAGAUGAAAAGAUGUUAAACAUAACCUUGACCUUGGAGCGAGCUCAGAAGGUUUCGGAUCAGAUCCAGGAAUGGUGGGUCGUCAACCAGAUGGAGCGCGGCCCGAUAUUAAAAAACAAGUUUGAUACAGGCCUGGAGCUCUACGUAUUCAGCGACCAAGUCAGCCCACCCAGUUUGGGCUUUCUGGCUGGAUAUGGUAUCAUGGGUUGUUGCCUCUGUGGCGGUAUCGGCAAUUUUGUCGGGAGUUUUUCAGGGGGAUUUCCCCACCACAGUCGGGGAGUUCCCCCGGGCCCCGCCCCUUAA